AGGAGAUCACAUGGGAAGCAGUCAGGCUGCUGUCACAUGGUUUGUGUUUGUAAGUUGAGUUAAAGCGGAGGAGGAGUUUGCACAGAACUUUUAGAAAGAGGAACAACUGCAGCAUUUUUCAUGUGGCCUUUCAACAAGUUGAAACACUGAACAAUAAAGCGGGGAGGUGCUGCUUUUGAUAAAAACAAAACAAAACAAAAAAACUCAACAUUAUUAUGGAUAUCCCUGCAAUAAACUUAAAGGCAAUAGUGCUGGCACACUGGUUGCUCACCGUGUGGGGCACCAUGACCUUCUUUACCUCCUCUUAUGCAUGGGGGAACUUCAGUGUUUUAGCAGUUGGAGUGUGGGCGAUUGCACAGAGGGACUCCAUUGAUGCUGUUCUCAUGUUUCUUGUGGGAAUGGCUAUCACGAUACUGACCGACAUUAUCCAUUUUGGGAUCUUUUAUCCACGGAUGGAGCUUGUGGCCGAAAGGAGCUUUUCCGCAGGCAUGGCUAUCCUCAACCUGCUGCUUAAACCUGUUACUUGUUUCUUUGUCUACCAAAUGUACCGUGAACGAGGAGGAGAUUACAACGUCAACUUUGGUUUCCCUUCUGUAUCUCGAAAUAGAGAUGCCUAUCAGUCCAUCGACCAGCAGGAUGAACCUUCAAGUGAAACAAAUUCCUUCAACCAGGCAAAGGACUCUAAACCAGGAGUCCGCACUUAUUGAGAAAAGUACAUUAUUAAAAAUGCAGUCUGGUUUUGUUUCUCACUUUUUAAAUGCAGUUAUAAAGUCCUUUAAAAUCAAUUUGAAAUAGUAUCGUGAGGUCACUCAGCGAAGACAACUGAAACAAUCUGUUUGGGUUUUAUAGUGAAAUAUAUGACAUUACAUUUUAAGCUGAGGUUCUGAAAGAUUUCUACUUCAGUGUCACAGAAGAAUACAAUCGAACAACAAGCAAUGGUUUACAGUGAUGCUUAGACGCAGGUUUCUCAUUCUUUUAUAAAUAAGUAAGUUUUUGAUGUGCAGUCAAAACUUUUCUGAUGCAUGAAAACAUGUAAAAAAACAAAACAUACAUAGGCUUACAGACACUUCUUUGGAUUUUUUAAAAUGUACAUUCAAGACUUGAUAGUCAAUACUGAAUUGAAAUAAGUUUUCAUAUAGAUGAGAUAUUAGUCUCUUCACAGAUGGGUACAGUUUUGUAUAUGUUUAGCUAAUAAGAAAAUGCACCAUUAUGUGUUUUCUUAUAAACACAUCAUGUAAAAAUGACCAAAUAUCAUUGGUGUGAUGGUUCGAACACAAUUAUCAAUUUUAAACACCACGCUGACUCGAUAACAGUCUUGUUGAUCUUUCACUUAUUCUUUUUAAAGUGAAGGGUUUCUAACCUGCUUUCAAAAUGCUGUCAUAAAAUGGCACUUCAUCUUAGAAUACCAAUUACUAUGUGAAUUUGCCCACAAAUAAUAAAUGGUGUCAUAUAGACUCAUGUUCAAGAAUUUUUUUUUUUCAUUCAAAGUGUGUUUUAUGUACUGUUGAUCAGAUUUUUGUUUUUCUUUCAGUUUUUAUAUCUGUCAGAGGUUUUUUUUGUUGCCAACCUGAGGUAUGCCUCAGAAUGGGGAUGUAACUCUGCUGAUCAUGUUUUAGGUGUGUGAAACUGUCAGUGCUCAGCUAAACUGGGUCAAACCUUUUUUAACAUGUCUGUCUAAAGUAACUGCAGUAUCUGUGUGAAAAUACAUUUUACCACAACAUUUCAACUGUAUCUGAGAACACAAAUAGUUAUCUCACUUCUUUACUUCUACAUGCAGUUUUACCCCUGUGAAAAAAUGUUAAACAUUUCUUCUGUUUUGCCUGUCACCCUCCAUGUUUUAAAUCAUGAAACAUUAUGUGAAAUAAAGUAAUGUAUUGAUAGGCAAUGACCUCAACUGAGGCAGAUGACAGCAGCACUUUAAAUGUUCUUGGUUAUUUUUAUGCUGCAUGGGUGAGAAACUGAUGAACCCUUGAAAUAACUUUAGUAGAGCAGCCAUGAGGGAAAAGCUCAACACUGUUCCAAACAGUGUUGUUCCUGUUUUCUCAAUUUGUGGAUCACUGCUUUUGAUGUGGUUGGAUGUGGCUUUAUGAAACCUUAAAAAUGGGUUUAUUGCAGUACAGAUUGAUGUCAGCAAUAUUCUUUGAAAUCUUUCAGCCUACUUAAGGUUUGCAUACAAUUUGAGCAAAGUUUAUUUGGAUAAAAUUUUUCUUAAAUGAAAUCAAAAUAAGUGUUACGAUGAGAGAAAAACAGAAGAAAUCUUUAAGGACCUGGUUCAUUUUACAACAUGGCAAUGUUUAGUAUACUAUUUACAGAGCAAUCUGAACAAUCUGUACCUGCUGGAUUCUUCAACAUUUUGUUUUGUAACACACAGUUAAUUUAUUGCACCAUGAUUUUUUUUUUAUCUGUAUCUGUUCUCUGACUGAAUAUUUUGUCGAACGUUGAUCACAUUGUUUUUGUUAGUUUUUGAGUUCUCAAAAUAAAACAAUUUAGCCAUUUUCUUUUAAAAGUUGAAUAACGAAGUACAAUAUAGUCUCAAAUGAAUUUUCAGCAGCUGUGAUUUAGAUCUCUGUUUGGAGUUUAGUCACAGUUUGCAGUUUGCUACUGAAGCGAGUUACAUCUUGGCAAAUGCUUGUUUCAUUUUUUUCUUCCUUUGUCGCAUAUCUGUUUCCCCUUACCCUUCUGCUCUCAGAAACAUUUUUGUUGUUUGCCUUUUUAUUUAUACUGCCAGACAGCACAUUUAUCGGUGUGUUUUUGUUGUGGUAAAUGCUUUUCACAUUCUGUCUCCUAGGAGAACCAGAACACCUUCACUCUGAAGUAAUUUUCUUUUUAAAGCUAUUCUGAGGCUGACACAGCUGGCAUGGAAAUAAUGGCGAUACUGAGGGGAAUUAUAAGAAGCAUGAAUUUAUUGUUAACAGAAUUUGAAUGUGAAAAUUUUACUAACGAUAUAAGUUCACGUUCAUCACACCUCUAAAAAAAAAGUAAGAAUUCCUCAAUGCAUUACAAGAUACAGUGUCCAUCGACUGUAAUGUUACCCUAAAGAUUUUUUUUCCUGAUUUUCUGUACAAGGUUUAGAAACUCUAUGGGUUUAUGGGUAAGAAUCUUGUCACCUGUUUGUAAAUUGCUCUGCUUCCCCAGACCUCUGGGGGAAGCAUGAAUGGAGGACAAAGUAACAAACACACUCUUUGCUCUCCUUCUGUCUUACACUUACUAACUCACCUGCAUUAAAGUAAAGCUA